GCCAUUUCAGUUGAAACAUGCUCAUAAUUGCGCUGCUGAUCUCCUUUAUCUCCACAGCAAACUCACAGUCUACGAUGCAACCAGCCACCGCUCCUCCUUCAUAUGGAUAUAUGAUGCAUCCUUUUCCAUAUGCAUAUGGAUAUAAUGGUGGUCUACCCGGGGCAUUACCCGGAGGUCCGAUUGGUGUGCCAUUUACAGGAGGAAUGCCACCACCAGGGAUUAUGCCAGGAAUGCCACCAGGAGGACUAUGGGGGAUGCCUGCAGGAAUGCCAGGUACGGAAGCAGAAUUAUUAGGAAUGGCAGCAGGAAUGAGAGCAGGGAUGGCGGCAGGAGUUCCACCGAAAGGAAUUUUACAAGCAGUAACGGCACCAGGAGGAACAUCUGUGCCAGCAGUGCCGGGAAUCUCACCAAAAGAAAUGUCACUAGCAGAAACGCUAAAACGAGGAUUAAUGUUGGCAGAAAUGCUGCCAGCAGGAAUGUUAGCAGGAAUGCCAAAAGGAGGAUCAAUGCCACCAGGGCCAUCAGAAACCCCAUCAAAAGAAAUGUCACGAUCACCAAAAGAAAGAGUACCAGGAGAGAUAAGUAUAAAGAUUUCACCACGAGAAUUGCCAGCAGGAGGUGUGCCAAGUAGAAAAAAGACUAGGAACAAUGGCCAGGGGAAAAUUCGUCAAGAUUGA